AUGGAAAGUCGAAGCAGACGAAUACUGAAGGAAGGAGAAUGGGCCUGCCCAGAUCCAAAAUGUGCUCACGUCAAUGCGGAGUUCAAAAACACGUGUGAGACAUGCGGGAGACAGAAACCUCGAUCGAAAAGCAGAGUGGGGAAGGAGAUCGGAAAGGAAAUGGCCGAUAAAUCAAAAGGACUUUUCGCUGCAGAAGAUUGGGUGUGCUCGAAAUGUGGAAACGUGAAUUGGGCCAGGCGAAAAACGUGCAAUGUGUGCAAUGCGCCAAAACUGGCUGAUCUCGAAAAAAGAACAGGUUAUGGUGGUGGAUUUAAUGACAGGCAGGACAUCGAGUAUAUAAAACGGGAUAUUGAUGAAGAGUUUGAUGAGUUCGGUAGAAAACGUAAGAAGAAAGACGGGGUUGGAAUUUUGGCCAGGUUUACUGUUUUGAUUCAGGAGGAGUCAGAUGACACUGAUGACGCUGAUUUGGAAAAGUAUGACUUAACUACUGACCCGGAAUUGGCAGAUAUUAAGAUCGAGGUGAAACGGCCCCCUCCACGUCCUGUCAAUACAGAAAGCGAGUGGUAUUUUUGGUUGUUCAGCUGUUCAUGUUCGUGUUCUGGAGGGGAAUGUUCUUGUGAAGACAGCGAAUGCGACAAAAAGGAUAUGGAUAAGGCAUCCGAUCAUCGAGAUUUAGAAAGGAGUGAUCGUGAACGACGUAGGCGCAGUCGGUCUAGAGAGAAAGAAGAAGAGAAGCGGGAUCGUACAAGAGAUAGGGACAGGUGCCGUGAAUCAGAUCGGAAAGGUAGCAGGUCCAGGGAGCGAGAAAGAGCAAGGGAGAGGAAAAGGAGCAGGUAUUUCUGUUUUGUUUAG